GCACGAGCACUCUCCCUAGCGGAGAGGCGCUGCCAGGCGCUGCCUCCUUCCAGCAGCCUCCCCGCCCGCCAGCCGCGCUGCUCUCCCGUCUCCCGCCCAUGCCUUCCCAAAAGUAGCAGGGAUUCAGGCUCAUGCGAGCAUCCGCCUGCCAGGCAGGAGCCUUGCUGCGACCUGAGCAGCUCGCGAGCCAGGUUUGAAGCGGCGGCUGCUGCGAGGCUUUCCCAGCCGCCCGCUCCCCUGCCCGAGCCGCCCCCCUCCCCCGCUAUCGGAUCCGAGAUCUCGGGGAAGACAAUUGCAGUAAAUGAGGACAUCGGAGGAGUGCGUGGCUGCUGCUGCUGCUGCUGCCUCUAGCGAAGGCUCCCUUGGCCACAGCUGAACAAAUGUCUCGCUGUGCUACCUAAAGAGGUGGUGGGGGGAACCAAGUCUCCGGGAAGCAAAAGGUUUCCAGCCGGUGGUAUCUUUGCAGCAGAUGCUCCUGCAAGAGUGGAUCGUUUCCCUGCAAGCUUGCAGAAGUGAACGGAGAGACAUGCAUCACAAAGGAACUGCACAGACCUUUACUUAUUUGUAAGGCAGCGUAAGGAAGGCAGAAUGGAGCAGCCAUUCAGUCAGACAAUAAAACAUUCCAAGGGAGAUCUGAAUUACUCCAAGAUAAAUAGCUCACAUUCUCUGCACAAACACUAACUAUUAAGUCAGUUUACCUUUCAAAGAUCUCUUUGUAAAGUAAGAUCUUCACUAAACAAGUCUGCAGACCUGCACUUUUAAAUGGACCAACAACAUACGGGCAUCAUGGUGAGUAAGGAAUCCAGCAAAUGCUUACUCACGGCCUCUGAAAGUGAAGUUGAACCAGCAGCUUCACUUGCCUUGGAGAUGAAAUAUGCAUUGGAUCCCAACCGACAGAUUAAGAAAAGAAACAAAGCCCUGCAGGUGAGAUUUAAAGAUAUCUGUGAGGCCCAGAAUGAACAAAGGGACAAGCAACUAUCUACAAUACAACAUACAGACAAAAGAGAAACAAAGCCCAUCUCAUAUAAAACAGCUUAUCGUAAAUAUAUGACAGUGCCUGCACGAAGGUCAAUACCUAAUGUUACUAAGAGCACAGGAGUUCAGACUUCACCAGAUCUUAAAAAGUGUUACCAGACAUUCCCUCUGGACCGCAAAAAAGGGAAUAUUAUUAAAAGCAUCUCAGCUGUUGACACCUUUAAGAGUCAAAACAAUGGAUUUCUAAUAGAUAUUAAGGAUAAAGACAGUAAAAACUCAGGGGAGGCUGCUCAAUGUAGCAAGAAGGUCAGUGGCCUAAUGACCGCAGAAUUUAUUUCCCAUACUAAUGAACGCAUGAAUGCAAUAGAUCAGCCUUCUAGUGACAACUGUUCAGAGGCAUGUAAAAGCACUGAUUUGCACAGCUGUACUAAAGAACCUUCUUCUCUUCAAAACUCAGCAGACUCUACUUCAGAAGAACCUGAUUACCAGCUGCAUGAUAAAACAAAACAUGAUACAGGGCCACUGGGUAAUGAGGAAUCUAUUCAAUCAGCACAUGGAAAAGUGUUUAAGACGGAAGUAGCUACCAUUUAUUUACCUGCGUCCAGUUCACAUGCCAUACGGCCUGACUUGCAAAACUCUGCAGCAGAGACUGAAUGGUUAUUGUGCCCAACAACAGAUGAGGAAAAAAAGAGAACUGUGCAUCUUAAUGGUUUGCAGUCCCAAUCAGUAAAUGCUCAGGCCUGCUUAUCACAGGCACAGUGCCAAUCACCCGAAUGUAAUGAACAGACCCUUCAGAUAAAUGUUUCACCUCUGAAAGAAAGUCAGCCUUGUCAGACAGCAGUUGCUGUGAGUGAAGGAUGCCAACAAAUUGUGCCUCACACAGAAGUGGUAGACUUGAAAGCACAGCUUCAGAUGAUGGAGAAUUUGAUCAGUUCAAGCCAGGAAACCAUAAAAGUGUUGUUGGGUGUUAUUCAGGAGUUAGAAAAAGGAGAAGCUCACAGAGAAGGGCUUUCGUAUCGGACCGGGCAAGACACAGCUAACUGUGACACAUGCAGGAACAGUGCAUGUAUUAUCUAUAGUGUAGAGUUGGAUUUUAAGCAGCAAGAAGACAAGCUACAGCCAGUUCUGAGAAAACUUCAUCCUAUCGAGGAAACUCAGGUUGCACCUUUGCCUUACACUCAGGAGAGUUACUCCUCAACUCCCAAGCAAAAAUCCAAAACUGAAUCAAAAAAGCAUGGAAGAUGGAAACUCUGGUUUCUUUAACUAAAUAAAGUCCACUAGACCUGGAUUUUAAGGCCUUCUUUGAAACAUAUUUGGAAUUCAGUUAUUCAUAUCAAAAAGGGAUCUUGGUAAAUUGAUUAGCGUUUUCAGCCAGUGUUAUUCUGAUUAUUAUGGGCAGCAUUCAGUUCUCAACAUAUGUACCAAAAAGGCCUUUGUACCUAUAAAUUAACAUUCAGGAGCAAGGCGUUAAAUCAUACCUUGCCAGCUUCUAUUUGCAGUUCACCUAUGUGGGAUGUAAAAUCUAAAUAAAAAUCCAUAUAGAAAAAGAUGGCUAGUAAAACUAUUCCCCUCAAGUUGGAUCUGAAAGAAUCACAUUUCAACCUGUUAAACAGCAGGCUGUCAUCCUGUACACGGAUAAAUAUCACUAUUGAUUUUCAAGUCUUUUUGAGUUUUUUUGCUUUGCCUGUUUUGUUUUUGCUUUUAAAAUAUCAAUGAAAAAGAACAGCAAGCCUUAUGUUUGCUAUGAUCUCCAAUUUUACAUAUACACGGGGAUUGGGAGAGUGCAAUUUUUAGCACAUAAUGUCCUGGAGAAAGCACAAUUUUUCAAAUGGUCCAAGACCAUAAAUAAUCUCUAAGAUGUGACUAUGUAUAUUUGCCUUCAUGUACUGUAGACUUAAAUCAAGUUAUGACAUCUCAGCAUCACAUAUUGACACCUCUAAUUUAAUGUCAUGUUUAUCGCCAGACUUAUGACAAGUUUACUGCUCAUUUCCAAAGGGCGAGCAGCCAGAACCACCCAAAGUCAGGACAUGCCUUUAAUCACUGCAAGUUGACAGGGUCAAAGCUAUGGGACACCAAGCUUUCUUAGAUCUCAUUUUUAAUCUUUUGGUACCCAAAGGCCAAAAUGAUACAUUCUGGCACAGAAUUUGAAAAAAGAAAAAACAAGAUGGAUAAUAUUACAUUAAAAAUUGUUGGCAUUUGCCACAAAUCAGUAUCUUUUUGUAAUUCAGUCUUCUGAAAACUGUAUAGUAUUGUAGAGGGAGUGAGAAAUUUUGUAGUAUGCAUUAUGCUUUCUAAUGAGUUGAGAAGGACCUUGCAAUUUUAAAAGCUACUUAUUUAGCUUAGCUUCUAAGGUGGGUUUCCAGACCAACAUAGUAUCAUUUAUAUUUAAAUAAUAUAUUAAUCGUACUUGCUAACCAACACACUUAGGGAAAAGCUGUGAAUCAAAUUUUUCUUAGACUUUUUAAAAACAAGGACACUUUAAAUCUGCUCUGUUACACACUGCAGUCUUUCUUUGAAUAUUUACUACUGUAAUUAUUAUGCCCUAAUCUAGAAUGACUGUUUGUGGAAAAAUUCUUGUAAUGGUAGGGAGUCAAAAUCUUAUUGCUCUUUUUUGUCAAAUAAUUUAAGUAGUGCAGUCAUGUGACAAACUGGUUUACAAGCUAUUGGUUCUGCAACUUCAUAUCCCAGUGCUUCAUUCAGACAUAUUUUUUUCAGUCUUUAGAUGCAGCAAAAAGGUAGAAGAAAUGAAUCCCUACCAGAGGCGUCUUCACCUACUUAAUAAACCUUGAGGAGUCUAUAUUUAUACUAUUUUCCCUUAUCUCUACAUCAAAUCCAUUUUAAGUACUAUUAGUUCUACAAGAUACCUGAGGCAAAUGAUUUGAUCUUUGUCUUGAAAAAAACAUUAGAAAGUUAAUGUAAGAACAUACAAUAUAUGUGAAACUGUUUAUGUCCACUUAAAAAAAAUCUAUUUCAAAAUGUAUGCUUUAAUGAACAACUCACCUUUGUAGUAAAUUUCAAGAGGGCUACAAAACCUUGUACAUAAACAAACAAUAUACUAAAAUAUUUUUGUGAAAGAUAAAGGAUGAGAAAGGUGAUCCUGCGCCAUGAAGGAAGUGCAAUUGUUUCAUGUGGAAAAAAUGUGUUUCAUGUAUUUUAUACCGUUUUUAAUUAAAGUUAUAAAACUGUUUACAAGAUAA